AAUUGAUUGGCCGCGAAACGGUUGGCGCUUUAUUUGUAACAGACAACAGGGGAAAACGACAAUUUUCUUUGUAUAUUAUAUCCAUUGGUUUACCCACAGCCGUCCAUGCGUAUUUAAACGCAUUAGCUAAAUAUAUUGUGCCGAAUUUCUUAUCUUUCCUCACUCUCCUGCUUCAAUCGACCGAGAUGAAGUUUGCUAAAUAUUAAGCUAUAACACGCCAUCCCAUACAGUAUACAGAAUACUUAUCAACUUAUAUAAAAAAAAUGGAUGAGAGAAUGGGAGAAAUAAUGAAAGACGAUAUACCAGCCAGUUUGUCGUAUGGGGGUUUCAGCAAUCCAGCCAGUUUGACAAAUCCUACAUUCAGUCGAACAGAGAAUGUAAGUGGAGCUCCUGGGUCUCAUUACGUCGAGGAGGAACUGGAAGAAACCUGCUCAUCUCCAAAAAAGUUGAAAUCUGCAGUAUUAUCACCAGACAUCAAGUCUUUACCAUAUGAUGUACAGGAGGAGAUUGAGUGUUUAUAUGAGUUUGUUCCAGAAGUUGAUCACCAUUUUGUGGUUAUUGACAAAAUAGGAGAGGGGACUUUCAGUUCUGUUUUCCUGGCCCAGUUAAAGCACUACAAAGAGUUACCACAGAAGUUUGCCUUGAAGCACAUCAUACCAACAAGUCAUCCUAGUCGCAUUGAAGGAGAACUCCGAUGCCUGCAGGAAAUCGGUGGAUGUGACAAUGUAAUGGGGGUAGAACUCUGCAUCAGACACAAGGACCAUGUUGUCAUAGUGAUGCCCUACUUUCCACACAGGAAAUUCCAGGACUACAUUCUAACACUCAGUGUAGACGAAGUCCGAGAAUACAUAAAAAAUCUGUUGAUCGCUCUCAGGCGUGUGCAUAAAUUUGAUGUCAUCCACAGAGAUGUGAAACCCAGUAACUUCCUGUAUGACAGCGCCACCAAACAAUAUGCACUGGUGGAUUUUGGUUUAGCCCACAAAGUGAAAUCCCAGCCCAAUGAAAUGAAAUUAAAAAGUCAGAAGACGGAGACCACACCCCUAGUCAAACCCUCACCCUCAGUCAGACCCCCCAGAAAUCCACUGUCACCCACCACCUCCUCACAGGACAACAAACAGAAAAUAGUAGCUGGUAAAAGGUCACAGAACUAUGUCACUCCUGAGCUUGAGAACUCAACAUUUGCCAGGAGAGUAAAGUCUCCCAGAAGGGUGUUGCUGGCUAAAAGAGCACUGCUGGCUAAAAGUAAAACCUCUGACCUUGACAAAGGGGCCAAGGUCAGUGCUGUGAUGUCCACCUGUGACUGCUAUGGGAAACCUCAAGUUUGCAGUAUUUGUAAUUCAAGAGCAAAUCAGCAAGCUCCCCGAGCUGGGACCCCCGGUUUCCGGGCUCCAGAGGUGCUGAUGAAAUUUCCAGAUCAGUCAACAGCUGUGGAUAUCUGGUCUGCCGGUGUCAUCUUUCUCUCCCUUCUGAGUGGACGUUAUCCGUUUUUUCGAGCCAACGAUGACAUGACAGCACUAGCACAGAUCAUUAGCAUCAUGGGAAGUGAGGAAGUCAGCCAAUCGGCCAAGACAUAUGGAAAACAUUUGCUAUGUCACCCAGGUAACAAGCCUGUGGACCUGAAGGUCCUGUGUACCAAACUCCGUGCUGGCCCAGCAGCCAAUCAGCAUGUAGCUCAUAAGGAGGGGCUCAGUGAUAAAGAGAAAGAGGCGUUCACAUCAUGGGCUAACAUCCCUGACUCUGCAUAUGACUUACUAAAGAAACUGUUAGACAUGAAUCCAUUCACUCGAAUCACUGCCGAUCAAGCCCUGCAGCACGAGUUCUUCUCCUCCUCACAAAGCUGAUGUCCUCGUGUUGCUAGGCAACAUUCUCUUGCUCACCGACAUCCUCAGAGUGAAUCAGCUUGAGGUAUUGCUCAGUGACAUUGACACCAUCUGUGUCUGUGUUAUUAGACUGAAACAACUUUUGUGAAAGGCAUUUUCAGAGUCUGUGUCAACGUUUGUUCAACAUUCUCAGAGUCUGUGUCAACGUUUGUUCAACAUUCUCAGAGUCUGAGUCAACUACAUUAAUGGAGCUGAUGUCGUUGGUGGUGCUCACAGAUAUUCUCAGAGGAAUCAAAUUUCAUAAAGUCAUUCAGUUGAAAGUCCACUUAGAUACAAAACGGGGUAUUUCUUCUCAACAGGCAGCUGAUAUAUUGCUCAGCAGCAUCAUCAGUCUUUGAAGAUGAAUGAACUUUUUGUGAAGAAUGUUGUUGAAUGACAUUGCAAAGGCAGCUUUAAUGUAUGUAACUGUUUAUUUGUAAAGUGAAAGUGUUAAUCAGUUGAUGGUACUAAGAUGCUAAAUAUGUGGAACCUGAUUUUUGUUUUCCAAUUUUACUUCGUUAGAAUUUGUUGUACGUGGUACACUUGCAUUUGUCUAAAAUGUUGUAAAUUUGAGUUUUAAUCUAAUAAGACCAACAUUAAAAUAGAGGUUAGUUAUUUUGAAAGAUACUCCAUCCUACAAAUUUUCUUGUAUGCUUCUAAAUGUAUGAUAUUAAGAAGUGCACAUGUGUAUUUCAAUAUUUCAAAGCCCUACAUGACAUUGUGUAUGACUUGUAUGAAAGCAAUGUUUGUCCAAUUUGUUUUUUUUUUUUGUUAUCUGGUAGUUUGCAGGAGAAGAUUUUUUUGUGAAUCAAAUUCUUAAACAGAAUCAGACUCUUACUCAAUUUAUGUUUUUACAUCAGUCAUCAUAAAAUGUUCAUAUUAUUUAGCUUAAGUGUUAAUUUAUUAAAAAUAAAAUAUACUUUCUAUUAAAUGGUUUGUACUUUGUAAGAGUCCAUUACAAUGGAAGAUUGUUGUUGAAGUUUAUUCCCAGCUAAAUUCAUAAUGAGAAGAUUCAUGUCAAUCAUUUUCAAAGGGAAAAAAUUUUGGAAAUCCAAUAAUUUAUUAUUUUGGAUUGAGCAUUUUUCACAUAAACCAUAGCAGAUGAACAUGCUACUAGUAUUUUAUCAUUACACCAUGUACACGUUAUUCAU